AUGAUUGGGGAGGAGCCUAGACUGAGUGACCCCACGCUGCAGGAAGAUUGGGACGAGCGUGCCUCGGCUGGCUACUACUUGAUGUCGCAGAGUUUGGAGCUGAACCAGCGUCAUCACGUCAUGCACCUGCUGCCGGAGGUUGAGUGCGGUCCGAAGGCGUGGACGGUGUUGAAGGAGCUGCACGCCCCUACCUCCGUCGCUGCGACGCUCAUGAUGGAGAGGGAGCUGUCCGCGUUGCGCCUGAGCGAGGGAGAGCCAGUGCAACCCAUCCUGGACAAGAUGCGUGAUCUCUACGCGAAGCUGGCGAUCGCGGGAAUCACCUACCCGGAGCAGACCAAAUGCCUGAAGAUGCUCUCGCUGCUGCCAGAAUCGUGGCUUCAAUUCACGAGCAGAUUGAGCUUGAAGCAGAACCAGAGCUUGUGGAUGCUCGAGUGGGUGCGGACGAAGAUUCUGGAGGAGGACUUCCAUCGCCGCCAACUGAGGGGUGGAGACGACGGCAGCAGCGGCUACGGGAUGCAAGGGAGCCGACGUGGCAGAGGACGUGGCUUCAGUGGUGCUGGACGCGGUGCAAAGAAAGACGAUGACUCCAACGACCAACAAGGAGGUACCGGUUGGGGUCGCGGUGCGAAAUCUGGACGUGGGGGCAAGUCGGGUGCUGGUGGCAAAAUGAAAGGGAGUUGCUGGUAUUGUGAGAAAGAAGGGCACCCCUGGUUUUUGUGCUAUAAGAAACUCGAUGGAUGGACCCCCCAGAAUCGUCACCAGGAUGGCGGCGCGCGGAGGAACCAGAAAAACGGCGCCAACAUGGUCGCUGAUUCGUCCGACAACAACCCGAAGGGCAACGGCGGUGCGGAGAAGAAGGAGCGCACCGCGGGCCAAUUCUUCCAUGUGGGAGACAAAGGGGAGCAAGGAGACGCCUCUGCCAAAGUUGGAGCAGAGCUGCACCCCCUGGACUAUUGGGUGGCUGGUGCGGGACGAGCUGCGUUUAAGGGAGCGGAUGGCAAGCCGGUGGUGCUGCACGACGUUCUCCUCGUCCCCGACCUGAAGGCCAACCUUAUCUCCCUCCGUAAGCUUGGCAAGGCUGGGGUGAACACCAACACGGAUGGGGCACGCACUUAUAAGGGGAAGCUGGGCAAACAAAUGCUUUGGGAUCUGCACGAGAGCAAGGACGUGUACAGAUCUAUGUGGCAGCUGCCGGCCCUGGCGUGGCACGGUGGGGGGCAGGCUGGAGAGGGGUCUGCAUCCCAGGGGAAGUGCAACGCCGUUGGAGGGGUUGGUGUGAAAGUGUCGGCCAGAUCUGGGGAGACAGAUUGGGCAACGGCACACCGGCGCUUAGGGCAUGUGGCAAUGCCUUUGCUGAAGCAGCUGGAGAAGGAUGGAGCCGUUCAGGGUCUGAAGCUGAACAAACAGCCACCCGAUGAAAACUGUGAAAUCUGUUUGCUCUCAAAGUUCACCCGUUUCCCCUUCCAUAGUGUGGCUGGCAAGAGCAAGAAGCCGCUGGAGCUGGUCCACAUGGACUUGGUGGGGCCGCUGUCGGUGCAAGGGCACAAGGGGCAGGCUAAUGUGGGCCAAGCGGAGUGUGUGGUGAAGCGGAUCAGGACAGACCGGGGUGGUGAGUUCCUUGGAGCUGAGAUGACGGCCUGGCUCAAGAAGCAGGGCAUUCAGAGGGAGCUGUCCAUUGCUUACACCCCACAGUCCAACGGUGUAGCAGAACGGGCGAACCGGACUAUUCUAGAGACAGCUAGGGCGCUGCUCAUAGAAUCUGGGCUUGGAAACUUCAUGUGGCCUCACGCUGUCCGGCACGCUACCGUCGCUAGGAACAGGGUACUCACCAAGGUUGGUAAUGACUCGUGGGUGCCGUUGGAGAGGUGGUUUGGGAGGAAGCCGCCGGUGGACAUGCUGAGGGUGUUUGGUUGCAUGGCAGUCGCCCACGUCCCCAAGCCCUACCGCAGUAAGUUGGGGGCGAGUGCAAUCUGGUGUGUGCAUUUGGGACUGGCAGCUGAGAGCAAGGGAUGGCUGCUGUGGGAACCAUCCAAGGGUGUGUUUUUUGACAGCAGGGAUGUGAAAUUCAUUGAGGGCAUGAUGUAUGGGAGCUGGGAGAAACAACCAGAGGCAAGGGUGUACCAACAGAUGGAGCAGAUCACCAUGCAGCUGGACCUGACUCCUAGUGUGUGGGAGGAGGGAGAAGAGGCAGCUGCGGGGAAUGGUGAUGGAGAAAAUGUACAGGAGGCACCUGCUGGUGGAGGAGAGGCUGGCGAUAGCACUAGUGAAGCUGCUGGAUCCGAGGGAGGAAAGCAGCAGCAGGGGAAAGCUAAGAAGCCGAAGGGUGUCGUUAUGAAGGGAUGGGAGACACCCGUCUCCAAGCCAGGACGUACCCGUAUGGCUACUAAGAAGCUGACUGCAGGAUCAGGUGUAGCGGAGCAGCAGCUUGGGACCGAGGAGGCAAUGCUGAUUCUACCUCAUGGCUAUGACCCAGAUGAGGAGGAUGAACCUGCCUACUGUUUUAUCGCCCCUGCACCAGAGGAACCAGCUAGCAUGGAGGAGGCAUUAGCUGGACCAGAUAGGGACAAGUGGCUGGCUUCUAGGGAUGCUGAGUACCAGAGCCUGCUGGAGAACGGGACUUGGGAUCUAGUGAAGGAGACGUGGGACUUCAAUGAGAUCUUUGCUCCCACUGCCAAACCCCCUACCCUUCGUGUCUUGUUGGCAGAUGCAGCCGUUAGUGGGAAAUUCAUUAUCCAGAUGGAUAUAUCAACGGCAUUCCUCAACGGGAUUUUAGAGGAGGAGGUGUUCAUGACGCAGCCGCCUGGGUAUGAGGAUGGUACGGGCAGGGUGUGCAAGCUGAAAAAGUCCAUCUACGGCUUGAAGCAGGCACCACGCUGCUGGUACCAGAAGUUGGCAGCUGUUUUAGAGGAGAUAGGGUUCAGGACCAGCAGCUGUGAUGAGAGCCUCUUUCUCAAGGGGGAGGGGGAGGAGCUGGUGAUGUUUCUGGUCUCCGUAGACGACAUUCUUCUCUUCAGCAGCAGCAUGAAGGAGAUCCAGAAAGUGCAGCAGCAGCUGAUGGAGAACUUCAAGUGCAAGAACCUUGGGGAGGUAAAGUACUACCUCGGGAUGCACGUGGAGAGGGAUCUGGAUCACAGGUGGUUGAAGCUGCACCAGGAGAAGUUCAUCAAGGAGCUGGGGGAGAAGUGUGGGAUUGAGAAUGAGCGCAAGGUUGCAACUUCCCUGCCAGCAGAAUUUAAGCUUGUGAAGGCUGCAGAAGAUGAAGGG